CUCUUAAAAGGCUAUAGCUGCUACUGUGCUGCUAUGUUCUUUUGAGGGAUAUAUCUCAUUUUUAUCAACUUUGUUUCGAAAACUCUUACUAAAAUCAUUGUCAGUAUCUGCUGGUUAAAGUAUAAUGGGUUCGGGUGUAUCGACACUAGAUUAUCAUCUUAAAUCUACUGCAAUAAAUGCUGGAAAAGGUUUGUUCCAAGCUGUAAGAAUUGGAAACAAUCCCGUAGUAUGCCAAAGACUAUUAAAGCUAGAACCAAAUCUGGCUUUAGAGCUUUACGAUGGACUGAUGAAGAAAACUGUUCUCAGAAUUGCCCAUCACCAACUUUCUGUAAUAGAUGAAAGUAGUCCGGAAUAUCAACUUCGAUUACAAAUCUAUAAUAUAAUUAAAAAUGGUGUAGACGAAGCUAUGAGAACAGCUAUUUUAAAGGACAAUCUGAAGUAUAUAGUAGAUUUAUUCAAAGGCGGUGCUGACGUUGUACAACUUGAUAAUCCUUCGUGUACGAACAAACUUGGUUGUUUAGGUCUGGCUUGUGAUAAAAAAACUAUUAACAAUGAAAUAGUUAAAUUCCUUACUGACAGCGAUGAAAGAAACAUUCCGGUACUUUGUGAGGAAAUGAAACCUUUUUCUCGUAAAAGUCUAUUUAACAAGAUACAGGAAAAGGGAAGUUCAGAUUUGCAAAACGAUUCAAGAAAGAAAAUUGAAAAUCAUCUUUUCAAAUUGAUAGCAACAUCAGAUGUAGAUGCGGCAAAAAUGGUCGAGAAACUCGGAUAUCAAUUUUUUCCACUGAACUUUUCAAAUGAUAAGAGCGAAACUCCAAUAGAAGUGGCGAUAAAGAACAGAGCAUUCAAAACAAUAAGCAGUAUUUUACGUUAUGAUAGAAAUAACAUACCAAUAAAUAUCCAAGAGGCUAACCAUCAAAUUACAGUUGCCCUAAAUAUUGGUCGAAAUACUGAGGAGUUAUUCAAACAUUUAAACGAGAUUAACUCAAUUGAAAAUUUUUCUAAACAUUUAAGAAAUAUCGAUAAACGUGCAGUUGAUGAGAGAGGUAAUAAUAUUUUGAACCUUGCACUCAUUAAUGAAUGCUCCGAAGAUAUUUUGAGAGUAAUCCUAAAAAACAGUCAAGUAUUGCAUAAUGUUGUUAAUGACGAUGGACUCGACUGUAUUCAAAUUACCAUUAAACAUCUUGAGAAUAGAUAUUUGAAAAUUUUAUUCGAAGAAGGAAUAAGUUUAUUAAACCCAAGGCAAAUAAAUUACUUAGAAUUUGCUAAAGAGGUGAAUAAAUUUGAAGAAUUUGAAAUGAUUUUAACUACUGAAAUGUGGAAAAUUUUAAGAACGGCAGUGUCAGUGUCAGAUAUGAAAACUUUUCAUGAAGUUACCGCUUGUGGUGGUAAUCCUAAGAUUAUCAAUCGCGACUUUAACUUGGAAGAUUCAUCGUCCCUUAUGCAUUGCGCUAUCGAAAAAGAUCAGCGAAAAAUGAUAAAAGAACUAUUUUUAAUUGGAGUAGAUAUUGGUAAUACGCAUCAUCCAGAUGAACUGACUCCUUUACAUUUAGCAAUUCUCAAAGAUAAAGAUGCAAUUGUCGAUGAACUCUUCGCCUUUAAUUUGCCCCAAAACUUGAAUUUAUCUUCACAGAGUUUGACUGAAAGUAGAACAGCUUUAAUGGAAGCUGCUAUUAGAAAUAAAUUAGAAGUGGUAAAACUUCUAGUAUUGAAUGGAGCUGAUACGCAACAGAAGGAUAAGUCGGGAAGGACAGCUGCCGCUUUAGCGUCGAACAAAAAUAUUGCGUAUUACCUACAGAGUAUAGAAGAUAUUGUAGAUGAACUUCAAAUAUUAGACAAUAUUCCAGUUGGAGAUAAUUUGCAAAAUCAUCCAAGAAUAUUGCAGGAAUGCGAAGGUUAUUCUCUCGAACCUCAACCUUUAAGUAAUAUGGAUAAGAGAAAAAGAUACCUUAAAAUUGUCAGGAUUGAUAAUCAUUUAUCGUUCAUGAGUAUCGAUAAUCUAAAUACAAAAUUAGGUAGUGCUAUCAAAGCUUCGGAAUUGCAAGACGUCAAAAGUUUCUGCAAUGACGGAGCUGAUGUUGCCUGUUCAAGUGGUUCUUUAACGCCUUUAAGAUUAGCUAAUCAAACGCUAAACAAACUAUAUAAUUUUUAUAGGAACGCUAAUUUUCAUGAAGGUAACAGCCAUGGAUAUGAAAAAAUGCAGAAAGCUAUUAGCGUAUCUAUUUGGAUACAAAAUAGAUUAAACUUCGAGUUGUGUAGAGCAAUUAGAGAUAAUGAUUAUCCUAGACUGAUUGGCUUAACUGAGGCAGGAGCUAGUUAUACUCUUCCUGAUAUUGAUCAAAAAACAAAAGUUAAAGAACGAUUCACCUCACCAUUUGGUUUAAUUGGAAUAUCUUUGGAAAAUCACGACAAUGUGGACAUUGUUAAAGCAGUAUUAAAGUUUACUCCAGAGGAAAACAAUCAAGUUUUGGUCAGCCAUAAUUCUUUAACUUCAAUAAACAUUGCCCAAAAGUACAAAAGACAUAAUAGUGCUCAAAUUAUUAUUCAAUAUUUUACCUUGAGUUUUAAAUUACUACUUGAAAACGUAACAAACAAUGACUCUUUAAGUCAGUUGGAAAAAGAACAAUUGGUAAAAAAAAUGGAAAUUUUGAUGAAGGAUGGAGCCUUACCUUCAAUAAAUACAAAGGAAAUUCUAAAGCAAGCUCUUCAGUUCUCCAAUUACAACUUAUUUAGAUUAACUUUGGAAAAAGGAGCCGACCCAAAUUUAAUAACUGAAGAAGACAUCGAUAGAUCACCUAAUAAUAGCGAUAUAAAAAACAUCUUUUUAUUUUAUAAAAAACAACACGAAACCCAUAAUAACUUGGUUAACGCUCUCUUUAAAGGAGAUUUAAAGUUUGUUACCGAAUUUCAUAGACGGGGUUGUAAUACUGCUGGUUAUAAUUUUAACGGUGAUACUUUUGUACUUUGGGCAACAAAGCUAGGUUCGAAAGCUUUAGUUGAGUAUUUCUUAGGAGUAGGAGGUCCGCUUGAUCAUCGAAGUUUAAGUGAAACGAAAUCUUUGGUUGAAAUAUCAAAGAACUCAAACAACGUCGAUCUAUAUAGUUUAAUUGAAAAUGAGGUGAAAAAACGUUUAAAAAUGUCAAUUAUCAGCGGUGAUUGUAGUGAAAUUGACAUAUUAUGCUCUUCGAAUUCAUAUCUGUUAGCCGAUAUCGAAGAGGACUUGCUUGCUAAUGAUAACGAAACAAUUGGAACUUUGGCUGCUAAGAAUUUUUCUAUAGAAGUAUUUAGAACACUACACACUUACAACGUUAACUUUCAUAAGUUAAAUAACUUGGGAGAAUUUCCCUUAGCUAUAGCGGCGUCUAAAGGAGAUUUUAGCAUUGUUGAAUUUCUUGUCGAAACAGCUGGAGUAAAUGUACAAGAACAAUAUGGCAAUUCAACAGCAGCUGAUUUGGCGCAAGCCAAAAAAUUCCUUGUAAUUGCUCACUAUCUAAAUACGGGAGAAUUACCAGAGGAUGAUUUAGACAGCAAAGAACCAUUAUACACUUUAAAUGAACUAUUAAACGCUGUUAAAAAGGCAAAUCAUACAAUUAUUGAUGAAUUUAUAGACGAUGAUUAUAACGAUCCAAAAUUAAAAGUUCAACAUUGUAAGCAGAUGAUUUUAUGCGCAAAAAGAGAACGGAAGCUGGAUAUUGCUAUAAAACUAGAAAGAUUAGCUAAAGAUAUGGUUGAUCCAUAUACUACCGGUCGAGUUCUUACGCUUUCCAAUAAACUAAGAGAAGUUCUAACAACUAUGACAAAGACAAUCUAUCAGUUAAUUAUAGAAACUGACGAAGUAGGUUCGGAUACAGAUAACUUGACGGCUAUUAGACGACUAACUAAAGAGAGAAUCUGUAAAACAUUCCUGUCGAAAACGGAUAUUAACGGAGAGAAACAGGAAUUACGGGAAAUGGCCAAAAAAACCGAAACCGAAAUCGACAACAUUGAUAUACAAACAGACGAAAUUAAAGAAUCAUUAAAGAAAAAGAAAGAUGAAUUGGAGAAAGCUACUGAUCCGGAAGAAAGACUAUCCUUAAGAAAGGAUAUAGAGGAAACGGAGAGAAGGAUGCCUCUGUUGAACUAUUAUAGAAUUUUACUGAACGAAAAAACAAAUAUUAUUAAAAAACAUGAAGAAAUAUUGGAACUUAAUCAAAGCAGCAGGGCGGAAGUGUAUACAUUCUUUAAUAGAAUAAAAAAUCAACUUAAAAUGUUAUAUGCUCAACACUACGUUCAAGAUGAUGAGAAGGAAAAAACUGACGAUCAGUCUGAAAACGAUAGCAUUCGUAAAGUCAUUGUCUUAUUCAGCGAUUCUGUAAUGGAGUUGGCUAUUGACGAAAUUGACAAAAGUUCGUCUGAUGGAAGAAAGAUUGUCUCGAUUCUUGCGAGAACUCUUCAGGCAACAAAUAGCGAUAUAACAAUAGACAACGAAGUACAAUCAGAGGAACGUUUACUCUUAACAAGUGGUCUUCUCGAUAUUGAAAUAUCAUUAUCGAGUUACAGAAUAGCGCUAUUUUAUCAUCAUCAAGUUGGUGUAUUUAUAGACGACGAAGCCUUCAAAAUGAUUUACAACUUUUCCGAUUUCAUAACAUAUGCAAUAUAUACGAACAGAUCGAAAUUUAAUGAUAUACAACCAAUACAAUUGAAUGAACAGUUCGCGCUUGCUGCUACUACGACAUUAAGCUUAAUAUCGGAUAUUGGAGAGAAAUUAAAGGCUAAAAUUAAAUGUGCGGAUGAAACCAUUCGUGAUACAACUAUAUAUGAAUUAAGCACGGAAGGAGUAAUUAUUACAUCAAAUGGACAUUUAUACGGUGAUGAGAAAAAUAUUGAUAUCUUUGGACUCUAUCCAGGAACAAAAGAAGUAGCUGAAAAACGAAAGUUGCAAUUAUUACUAGAAAAAGGGGUGGCUAAUCCGAAUUAUUACCCUCAAGAGUCUAUUGAAAAAGUCCUAAAGUAUAUAUCGAGACAAGAGAUAAACAACUUCCUUGAUUCGCAAGGUGUUAGCAAAAAGUCUAUUCAAAUUGAGUUGCAAAAAUAUUCCGGGAUAGUUGAUGAUAAAGUUCUAAAAUUAAACCAGAAGUUUAUAAUUUCUCAAGCGAAUGUUGAGGAUCAGAUAACAAAAAUGUGUGGCCACAUUGAUGAGCAUGUUAAAAAGACGAGUGGAGAGCUGGAACAAGUAAGGCAUCAUCAACAGGUGUUUAUGAAACAAGCACUUAACGAUUUUAAAAAUCAAAUGGCUAUAUUAUUGACUACUUAUGAAAAAGAAAAGAGUGAAAGAACUGAGGAAUUUAGAAAAUUUAAAUGGAGAUUGAAGCAAAUCUACGGCGAACAAAGCGAUGAUACGGUCGAAAAAUUAAAUAACGAUAAAAGAGAGUUUGAGCAAAGAAUUAAAGAUUUUAAUGAGGAAAUGCAAAAUUCUUAUCAUCAACUUUUCGAAACAAUGCAUAAGACUUUGGGACAAUUUGCAGUAAAGAUGAACAAUAUGGAAAUGAGUGUGAAUUCUACGGAGAGUACAACAAGUCGAUUAGGCGAGGUUGUCCAUGAUUUUAAGGACAAACUAAAUUUAUUCAAGAGACAACUUGACUCGUUCGACUUUAAAAUUGAAGAUAUAAUUCCCAAUUCGGAAAGUCCACUUCCAAAAACUGAUAUAUUCGAAUAA